AGUCCUAUUUUUUAUGACGUUUAACAAAUGUAAUUAGAUCAAGUAUAUACUAAGCGGAUUAAGCUCUCCUACAAAUAGCGUCGGAGAAUGUUGGCGCUUGGGUCAUUGUUCUCUUCUCUUGGACCUCUUGCAUCGUUAAGACGUGUCGCCUAUUCUUGAAAUAUUUUACACCUUUUUGAGCCUUCAAUUUCUAUGAUUUGCCUUUGUUGAGAACAUUGCCUGUAACUUAGAUGUAAACCGUAAGUGAUACAGCUGAGCGAUGUGGUGUCAACAAUAUCGGUGUUUUCUUCCAAUUCUAGGAAUCAUGACAUGCUUCAGCCUUUACAUGAUGACAUAUGUUGAUCUGCCUACGUAUAAGACUGUCUUAAGUAUAAAGAACUCUUUUAUGAUUACAAGAAAAAUCCUGGGCAUCAAUGAUCAGCGCAACGAAACUCAAAACAUAAUCAUUCCUGAAUUUAAAGACAUUAAGAACCAGCGACUCGAUGCGCCUUCUGUUUUCACAUGGGGAAGUGAUUUACACAGAAUGGGGCUAAUAGAUGUUAAGAAAAGUGUCUUUAAUCUUACACGCCAAGUUAUUCGACGAGGAGAAACAUUUAGCAUAAUUAUCAACGCGCAUGAUCAGUACGGUCGACAACGAGUGCGGGGUGGUGAUUUUUUGUUUGCAACUUUAAAUAGCACCGAUUCGAGUAUACCUGGAAAAGUAAUCGACUUUAAUAAUGGUACAUACGAAGUUAUUUUCUUUGCGGCUUGGACGGGCACCACAACGAUCAACAUUACACUUGUACAUACUUUUGAAGCAAUUCAUUUUUUAAAGACUGUUUUAUGGCCGAUGGAAAAGCGUGUAUUUUGGACAGGCACUUUUGCGCUCAACAACAUUUCUGAAUUAACACUGUGUGAAGUAAAAUCUGUUGGAACGUGGGACAACAAAUGCGAAUUCCCAGAGCCAGGCGCUCUCGGUGGAAACAUUUUACUUUGUGAGAAACCGAAAACUCUUCCAUGCUCUUCUCUUGUAGCAAUCACAUCGAAAGGCAGUGGUGUUGAUGUUAAAGCGGCCAUCUUCAAUAAACUUCGAGAGAAACAUGCUGAUAUAUUUUUGAAGAAUGCAAGCUAUGUACAAUUCACCAAUGGACCGAAACAGCUGAUAAUACAAGAAUCCGAAGUGAAGUGGAUACGUGAAGCCAAGAACAUCAGAGAUGUGAUAAGUAUACGUCCGUGUGGACCAGAUUUACCCCUACCACUAAGCGAUGGAUUUUGGUCCGGCAAAAAGUGGAAUUCAUUUGCAUGCGACACUAAGCGAUGGACUGCAGGUCAAAUUAGAAAAUGUUUACGUGGGAAACGUUUAUUUUUUACCGGGGAUUCAACAACAAGACAAUGGGGUGACGAACUGUUAAAUAUUCUCGGCCUUAAACCAACAACAUAUUCGCGAUAUUUUACUAAGUUGCAUAAUGGAAUAAUUAAUUUUCAAUUCAGGUUUCACAAAUAUUGGUUAGGUUCAGUCAAAGAAGGUGUUCAUGACGGUCAAUUCGAAUCUGAUUUACUUGAUAACCUUACGUCAUCUGAUUGUGAGUACAUAGUAGUCAUAAGUCCAUGGGCUCAUUACUGCCAAUGGACUCGUAUUUCAUUUACUGAGAGACUUCUUUAUAUCAAAAGUGCGAUUAAACGGUUUAGAGCCAGAUGUCCGGACGCCCCAGUCAUAAUCAAAACUUCACACCCACGAUUUCACGGCUAUGGUGGGAUUAUUCCAAUGUCCAGUGACGGUAUGCUUUUUGAAUUUCGUCGCAUGUUACAGGAAAUUUUUUCAGGAAUGGGUCUGCAUUUUAUUGAUAUAUGGGCAAUGAAUCUUGCGUAUCCUGUACCAAACGAGGUUCAUAUGCCAGUGCAAGUUAUCCACGAAGAACUUCAGAUGUUUUUCACGCAUGUUUGUAAUAGUUGAAAACCUGAAUUUUAUAAAUAGGCUUUUGUAUUUGUUUGUUUUGUAAUUGUUUAAAACAAAUUGUGAUUUCUAACAAAAAUUAUAACUUGUUUAUAUUAAUACCGGAUGUUUUGGGUGAAUAGUAUUAUAUUUUAUUAUUAUUAUUAUUAUUAUUUAUUAUUAAUAAUAAUAAUAAUAAUUGUGCUUGUAUAGCUCAUACUGCUAGAGCCUCUAUGCGCUGUCCAGAAAAUUACUGAAAAAGAGUGCAAUUAUUAGGAAAUUCAAAGUUAAAAAAAAAUUACCAGUGGA